AUGUCGGUAAAGGCAAUACCCAGUGCCGAACCAAUGUUAAAAUUCGCUAAUGAUGCUGAUGACGUAGUUCAGAUGUAUGGUAAAUCAGCGACAAUCCAUGGUGUGCAUGCUAUCAUUACUCCACAAGCAUUUAAGUGGCGAAGAUAUGUUUGGUUGUUGUUGUUGAUCGGCAUGACGUUUUCUCUGAGUUUCUUCUUGUAUCUACAGUUUAAAAAAUAUGCUUCACACCCCGUUGUUUCCAGCAUCAAUGUCGAGUUCACUGAUGAUCUAAAACUACCAGACAUUACAAUUUGCAACUCUAAUAAUUUUCACCGAGACCGAAUACCAGAUGAACCCAUUUUGAAAGAGUUGCUGUUUAAUAUGAGUGAUCUAAAUUACCUAAGGUAUCAGUUAAAUGGUACCGCAAGGCCAAGUACCCCGAAAUCUACCGACUCCUUCACUGGUCCGUACCUUCGCAAAUUUGCAGAAGAUGCCACCCAUAAAGUUAAAGACAUGUUCAUGGUCUGUGAAUGGCAAUACAAAUCAUUGAACUGUAGUAGAUAUUUACGAAAACGGUUCACAGAUUUUGGAGUAUGCUACACUCUUACGUCUAAUCAAGAUUCUCCAAUAGCUCUACCAGUGCUUUCGCCUUCUAAUACAGCUAACAAUCUUCGGUUAAUUGUAAACAUUGAACAAGACAAAUACUACUACUCCAGAAGUUCCCAGUCCGGAAUAAAGGUUGUUCUUCACGAGCAGAAUACGGAACCAUCGCCGUUUCAACAUGGUUUUUAUGUUCAACCUGGCACAUCUACAUCUGUCACGUUCGGCAUAACUAAGUAUUCGUGGUUACCAGAACCAUACAAGGCAUUUGGAAAUACCAGUUGUGAAGAAAUAGACGAUAGAACAUUUAAAACAGAGAACAACACGUACCAAUAUUCUAAAGAUGCUUGUGUUUCUAAUUGUAUUAGGAACUAUCUGUUUAAACAAUGUAACUGCAACUUCUUUCUUAAUAGAGGACCAGAACCAUUCUGUUCACUGACAGAACUACAGGAUUGUUUGUUUCCACACAUGCACAACAUAUCUCAUGCACACAUUUCCAAUUGUCACUGUCCAACACCAUGCCAAGUUACAGAAUAUGAAGCAAGGCUGUCCGUGGCCAAUUUUGCCUCAACGUUUAUCAAGGAUUACUUGGUGAAUAUAAAUCUGAUUAAAAGUGCUGACACGAUCGAUGAAAAUCUGAUUGAUCUAAGAAUUCAGUAUAGUGCAGUAUCGGCCAUCAUUAAACAACAAAAACCAGAGAUAACCAUUGAAGGCAUUCUGGGAAAUCUUGGUGGACACAUGGGUCUAUUUAUCGGGGCCAGUGUUAUGUCUCUUUUUGAACUAUUAGAGUUUCUGAUUAUAUACCUACAUCAACUGUGUAAACAUGGAUUCCAGAAAACCAGAAAAAAGAAAUGA